ACUAGUCCAUGGGUUUUGCAUGGUUGCAUGAUAUGCAAAUGAGUUGAAAUAAGGCGAUCCAGCUGUGGGCCAGCCAGCCAGAAGCAUCGGUCAGCGCUGGGCUGCUGAGGACUGCCUGUCCAUCCAGAAGAAUGGAGAAGAACACGACAGCUUGUGAGAAAUGGCUGGGAGCAGAGGCAAUUCUAGAAAAGCACUUUCUUCCUGCCCUUUAUUCCAUCGAGUUUCUCAUUGGCAUCCUCGGGAACAUAGCUGUGGUCUUGGGCUACGUCUUCUGUCUGAAAAACUGGAAAAGUGGCAACAUCUACCUGUUCAAUCUCUCCCUUUCCGACCUGGCCUUUCUGUGUACGCUCCCCAUGUUGGUGAGAUGGUAUGCCAAUGGGAAGUGGACCUACGGGAACAUCCUAUGCAUGAGUAACAGAUACUUACUCCAUGCCAACUUGUAUACGAGCAUCCUUUUCCUUACAUUUAUCAGUAUUGACCGGUUCCUGCUGAUGAAAUAUCCCUUCCGAGAGCAUUUUCUGCAAAAGAAGGAAGUUUCUAUCUUUAUCUCAGUAGCCAUCUGGAUUUGGGUGACCCUUGAGCUUCUACCAAUCCUCCUUUUCAUUGAGCAGACCACAGUAAACAAUGGCACCACCUGUAAUGACUAUGCGAGUUCUGGAGAUCCCAAAUACAACCUCAUCUAUAGUAUGUGUCUGACCGGGCUGGGGUUCCUCCUUCCACUCUUUGUCAUGUGUUUCUUUUAUCUAAAAAUUGCCCUUUUCCUAAAGGAGAGAAGCAGGCAACUCACUACCGCACUCCCCCUUGAGAAGCCUCUCAACUUGGUCAUCAUGGCAGUGGUGAUAUUCUCAAUCAUCUUUACCCCCUACCACAUCAUGCGAAAUGUUAGGAUAGCUUCCCGCCUUGACAUCUGGAAGCAGAGCAAAUGCACGCAGGUCAUCAUCAACUCGUUCUACAUUCUGACCCGACCCUUGGCCUUUCUGAACAGUGUGAUCAACCCUCUUUUCUAUUUCCUGAUGGGGGAUCACUUUAGAGAUAUGAUGGUCAAUCAAGUGAGGGUCUUCUUCAAAUCCAUUAGAAGGUGACUCCUUCAGAGACAUGUGGAGCUCUCCUUUCUUUGGGGAAACAUUUUUGUUUCUCUGAUAGGUCACGUGGAUUGUUGGCUUGUUUUGUUGACUUCCAGGCUCAUCUAAGAUGGCUUUAGCUCUGUUCCCUGAAACACGGAUCAACUACCCUUAUGUCUCUCUAAAAUGGGGCCCAUCUUUUUUUUAAUACCGACAUACUUGUGGAAAUGUUAGACAGGUAUGAAUCAAGGAACUCUAUUGUCUCUGAAGAAAUGGAAUUACAGAUCACCGAUAGAGCAAUAGAGAGGCACAUGGUGGACGAUAGCUGAAUGCAACACAUCACGCUUGAGGAAUGAGGAAGGGAGAGUGACCUAUGAAUGUCAUCAUAGCAAUAAAUGAUGGGGAAAAGAAGACAAGGGGUUUCUCCUGUGGUGACAGCAAGGGGUAGAUGCCCCAUGGCCCUCAUUAGUAUCCUCAGAAAUCAAGAGAAAUUGACAAUGCCCUGUCCUCCCCACCUCUCCAGCACAUUGGGUCACCUCUCCGCAGAAAACUUAUGGGAAUCACAUAGGCCGUGCCGUCCAAUCUCUGUCGCUGGGUGGAACGGCCACAUUGGUGAGAUCACAGAUGCAUUGGAAGACUUGGGUCAAUGUGAAGAGAAAUGACGUCAUUAGGUGUAGAGAGAUGAGAGAGUGGACAGGUCGAACUGUGUGCUGUUUACAUUGUUUCCUCUGGUUAUUGUCAAAAGGAAUCGCAUGUGGACAAAGUCCCUCUUCCUACUCCGUGAGGAAAUUUGCCAGUAGAGAAAAACCACAUGAAGGUACUAAAUGCUACAGAUACUGAUAAAUCAAGAAAGAAAUAGAGUAUUAUGGAAGGGGGAGAAAAGGUUCUCCCCACCUCCAAAAUGCAUUUGUAUUUCUAAGGAUACACAUUAUAUGUUUAUGUACGUGUAGUAUUCAAUGCUGGAAUGUAAGCUUGGGUUUUUUUUUUUUGCCAUUGUUUACCUAGUGCCUAGCAUGGGGAUGGAUAUGUUUUAAACUACGCCCAAACUUAAAGCUCCACUAAGACUUCUGGGACAUUCAGCAUAGUAGGUGGUCAAUAAAUGCUUGUUGAUUAAUUCCA